UUUGAGGCGUCCCAACUUUACGCAACGUCUCCAGAUUUUCACCAGCUUAUAUUUAGAGGAUUCGUUUCCUUUUUAAUGGGGCAUCCUUAAACUCAGGCGUUCUUAUCCGUUUGGAGGAGAUUUAGACCGAAGUUUUGAGCGGAGCUGAUGUGAGAUCCAAAAAGGAGACAUGUCAGCCGCACAAGGACUUCUCAACAGCGUGUUCUCUUGCUCAUCUCCUGCCUCCAAAGCCAUAGCCAAGCGGCGGCUGCGCCAGACCCGCAGUCUGGACCCUGCUAUCAUUAGACACUGCGGCACCGGUACCGAUGGCGUGAGUGGCGCACAAUUUUUAGCGGCAGCAGCGGCGGCGGAGGACGCAGGUGCGUCUCCGGAGCGCUUAGCUGUAAAACCAGCUUUACGCACCAAGAUCCCGACGCUUAAGGAACCCAUUACGCCUUCAAUCUCCACUCCUUCCAUACCAUUGGAUGUCUCUCCAUCCUCCAACUUCCACUUUGACUAUGAUAUAGUGAAACAUGCUAAAAGGAAUACCGCCGGGGAUUUACCGUUUAUGGUGAGGGGAGCAGCGUCCGGAAGCACCGGCACGCUCUUUUCUCCACGGAGAUGGCUCCAGAGGAAAGUGCAACCAACCUGCCCUCACGCUUACGUUGUUUGGAAAUCAGAGGGUGAUUUCACCUGGAGCAGCCUGUCGGGGCGGAGCGUUCGUCUGACGCCAGUUGCCAUCCAGAGCCUGUCAGAGCUGGAGAGGGCCAGGCUGCAGGAAGUGGCCUACACCCGUUUACUCCAGGACUAUGACCUUGGAUGUCAGAUAACGAUGCCAAAAGAUGGACAGAAGAGGAAAAAGUCACUGAGAAGGAAGCUGGACUCCUUGGCAAAAGAGAAGAGUAAGGACAAAGAAUGCAUACCGCAAGCCUUCAGCAUAACCCUCUCCCAGGUCAUUGCUAAUGACAGAACACACAGGCAGCGUCAGGAUGGUUAUCGUCAAGACCAUCUGCAGCGGGAGGAGCACAAAGACUCCUCCGAUCUUGUUUCAUCCAUUUUACAGUUUGCCACAAAGCGGCCAUCCAACAAGGAGUUAUCCAGCAGUAACUCCUCACUGAGUUCCACAUCAGAGACAGCCAAUGAGUCGACAUCCCCAAACACUCCUGAAUCUGCACCACGAGCCCGCAGGAGGGGAGGCAUGUCAGUGGACUCCAUCACAGACCUGGACGACAACCAGUCUCGUCUUCUUGAGGCACUACAGCUCUCCCUGCCGACUGAAACGCCCAACAAAAAGGAAAAGCACAGGGACAAACGGCUGAGCCUGAAUCCCAUCUACCGUCAGGUACCCCGGGUGGUCGACAGUUGCUGUCAGCAUAUCGAGAAAUAUGGUUUGCAGACUGUGGGGAUAUUUAGAGUGGGAAGCUCGAAGAAAAGAGUCCGACAGUUGCGUGAGGAGUUUGAUCGUGGUGUUGACGUCCAACUGGACGAGGAGCAUAGCGUUCAUGAUGUGGCAGCUCUGCUGAAGGAGUUCCUCAGGGACAUGCCUGACCCUCUUCUGACCAAGGAGCUCUACACAGCCUUUAUUAACACCACACUGUUGCACUCCGAUGAGCAGCAGAGUGUCACUCAGCUUCUGGUCUACCUGCUCCCAGCAUGCAACAGUGACACUCUCCACCGCCUUCUGGAGUUCCUGUCCACUGUGGCUGACCACGCCCAUGACCAGCAAGACAAAGACGGACAUGAGAUCACAGGGAACAAGAUGACGUCUUUAAACCUUGCUACCAUCUUCGGGCCCAACCUGCUCCACAAGCAGAAGAGUUCGGACAAGGAGUUCAGCGUCCAGAGCUCAGCCAGGGCGGAAGAGAGCACAGCUGUCAUUGCUGUCCUGCAAAGGAUGAUUGCUAGCUACCAAAUGCUCUUCAUGGUGCCCCCUGAUCUGCAAAAUGAAGUUUUGAUGAGCCUCCUGGAGACUGAUCCAGAUGUGGUUGAUUACCUCCUGAGGAGAAAAGCAUCGCAGAGUCCAGACCUGUUGCAAUCAGAGGAGCCCUUCAACCUAAAUGAGCACCAUUCAUCCAGCGAUUCCAACAAGGUGUCCAGUGGUGAAGUAUCACCUUAUGACAACAACUCCCCUGUCCUGAACGAGCGCAGAGGGGAACCAGGGAGCCCGGGUGGUGAUCAGAACUUCCGUGUCCCAGAGCAGUACUCUGUGGUGGGACAGGUGGCUGGCUGGAGCAGAGAGUCUGGAGCCGAUACCUGGGGUUCCAAAGAGGACCAUGCUAACAUUUGGGGUACGUGGCACAGUACUCUCAAACCAGCACUAAAGAACCAACCAUUUACAGGUUCCCAUGGCAACAUGUCAGAGGGAAGCUCCCGCAGCUCACAGGAAGGUCUUGAUGGACCCCAUGGUGAUAUCAAGCAGCAGACAAUAGUUCAACGGACUCAGACAGCGCCUGGCAUUGCUGAGUACAGACCCCACCCACCGGUCACCCGGGUGUGCACUAGUCCUAACGUGAAGACGAGGCUACCUCGGCUGCAGCUGAACAUCAACCCCUCCGUGUCUUCACACCUCAACAGCACACAGGGGCUCCAGCGACCAAGCGGACAAGAAGUUAACUCGACCUCCAGACUUCAAGGUGGGGCAAAAAAUGCCAGUGAAAGUCCCCGCUCUCCUCCCCCAUACAACGCCCAGCACCGAUUGGCUAGCUCACAAAGUUCUCCUCAGCUUGUGACAUCUCAGAAGCCGAGCGCGGUGCAGAGUAACUCAGGCUCAGCCAGGGAGCCUCAAAUGGUGCCACAGGGUCCAGAGUGGCAGGACUGGCAGAGGGAACGGUGGCAGAUCUGGCAACUGCUAUCAUCAGACAAUGCUGACACACUGCCUGAAACACUGGUGUGAUCUCAGACUACAAACUCUCUCUGAGUUCCUCUGGAGCCUCUACCCCAGAAGCCAACCAUUGGCAUGAUCAAACCCCUCUAAUGACAAUCACUUGUUCUUAUCAUUUUGUUUCCUUUGACUUGCCUUUCCUGACAUCUCCUUUUCUAAAACCCUCUGUCCUGUCCUGCAUCUUAACACCAUGGCAUUGUUGUUUACGUGUGCAGCUGCUGCCUCAAACAGACUUUCACAUUCAAGAGCCACUAGCAUUUCUCUUGUAUAGAUGCUAAGAAGUAGCUUCUGGCCCAUAUGUUUUGUCCAUCAUGUCUUUGUAACUUAGGAGCAUUAAAGAAAUGCUCACCAGAAAUACCUCAAAAAAAAUCCUUUCAGAGCAUCACCACAUUUUUUUUGUUCCGAAUGAGUUCAGCAUUCUCAGUGUAGAAGAAAAUAAUUGAUUCUUUUUAUAAUAUUUGCAUUAUUCCCCUUACAGACACUAAGAUGUACACAUUAGUAUUUGCUGCUAAAUGUAGACUUUUUAUGUGCAUACUAUUAAUGUAAAUUUGCCACGUCUUUCUAAAAAGAUCAAAUGCUGAAUGACCUUUCAGUGUCAGAUUAUGUUGGACUGUAAAUAUAUGUGCAUACACUAACUGUUGACAAACACGCAUGAAAAUUACAUGUAAAUUGAUAUGUAAAAUCAAUAAUUCGCCUCUAAGUAUCUACCUAAAAACAAGUCAGACACGUAACCGCCAGUUUUUGUCUUUAACAAUAAAUGUAAAACCAUUCAUUUGUAGCUUAAACAUAAUUAUAAAGCACUCAGCUGUGAUGUUGGUCAUGUGUGCUCCUGCCACCUGCUGCAUAGCAAGAACAAUGUGCCAAAGCCUGUUUUCUCCUCACACCAGGAUGUUUGUCAUGCAUUUUUUAUGUUUGUUUCAGGCUUGAUAAAAGUGCAGCAUUUCGUCAAGAAUCUGAAAAAAGGAAGAUUUCUUCAUUAUUUCAAAUGAUUACAAUACAGCAAUUUUUAAACGUAAAAGUUUAGAUGUACAUCAAUUGGUCGCCUGAAUGCCUUUGUAAUAAUUAUUCAUGUCUGAGCAUAUUUAAAUAUACCAGGACAGUAAGAAAGUAUCUAACAGUUCUUAAAAUGAAGUGAAGACAACCUCAUCAGAUGUAUUUUGCUGUCUCAUUAUUUAUUUAGCAAAAACUAAGCCAACAUGCAGGAGCAGUGUGUGGUAAACUAAGUAUUCGCCAUGAUUCAGUAACAUGUAGAACCACUAGCUGCAGUAAUGGAAUAAUAGAUUUGUGUAGGAUGUUUUUAGUAUCCUAAAUCAUUGUGGAGGAAUUUUGGAGUCAUUUUGGCUAGUUUGAGCCAAGAUUUAGCUAUCAGAUAGCCUCAUGUUUGAAUCAAGUAUACUUUGGUAUACAGAAAAGUUCAUGGUCAACUCAGUGACUGCAAGUUAUCCAGAUCCUGUGGCUGUAAAACAAGCCCAAAUCCUCAUUCAUCCACCUGCCCAGUUUUUUGCAGUUUCGCUGAGCAUUGACAGGUCUGACCUUGUGGUGAGCUUACCGGGAUGUUGAUCCUGACAGCUGUCUGAAGUGUUUUCUACUUCUGAAUAAUCAUUUUCACACUAGAAUAAUGAACUCCAAAUUGUUUUACAAUGAGAACCCUGAGAACCCUUCCCAUAAUGGGCACAGACAACUGCUUCUCUAAGACACCUGAAUGCUCCAGACCAAGCUACAACGUACCCUUUUAUUCUUAUGGAUUCAGUGUGGACAUUUUUAGUUUUCUUAGGUUUUGUUAAAAAAACAAAAACAGACUACCAAUGUGUUUUUGAGGUUGCAUUUAUCUAAUUUUAAGACUUAUUAUGACCUGAUUUUUUAUUAUUAUAUCCUCACGUAAAACAUGAACGUCCCCCUUUUCAGUUGACAGCAUGACAAAUUCUAUUUUUAUACUUAGCUGUUUAAAAAGAUGUAAACAAUAGAUUUCACUACAGAAAGUGUUUGCUAACAUUGAGGAGCAAAUUAUUUUCUUACCAAAAAAGGAGACUUAUUCUCUCAUGGCCACAUUUGUUUAAAUAACACAUAGAUACAGCAUCCUGUUGCUGCUUAGCUGAUAUUAAAUUGAUUAUCCAAAGUAGGAUUCAUUUCCUAAGAGGCUUGUUUAAUUGUAUUUUUAUAGGGCUUUUUAUGGAAUAUUUUAAGUAAUUUUGUAUUACUAAAAUUAGGUGAAAUCUCACUUUCUCACUCCAGCUCCUCUAAAAUGUCAGAUCAAAGUGGGUAUUUGCUGGCAAAUAUGUCACAUUUUCUCUAGUUUAGGUGUAAUAUUUGCUCAUUUGCAGCAUCAAAUGUGUUAACGCAUGAUUUGACAUUUUAGGGAGUCAAGAGCCUCAUGUGUGCAAGGAUUGGGACGGUGAUGGCAAUGCUUAUGGCGCCAUCUAUCGCCAGACUGUGCGCACCAGCACAUUGCUGCUUACGGUUGUCAUCUGUUUCCAUGGUAAUCCACCCAACAAUCUGCACCCAGCUUAGAGUCAAGGCAUGUGAUUACAAGCACCUUUUUGUGAAAAUGUGCAAAUCUGUGUGAAAAAUAAAAGUGCCGUAACUCCUGUCCAUUAAUGUUGCAUCUCCUUGCAAUGCUUAAGUUUCAUGUUUGAUGUUUUUUGUAUUGCUUGUUGUGUCUGGAGUGUUGUAAUGUAUAAAUAAAAUAAAACAUCCAUUUUUAUUCAAGAAGAAGAAGAAGAAAAAAUUAAUCCUCAUGGUCCUAGUUUUCCUCAAAUCAUGUUGAUGUUUGUCUUGUUGACUUCACCCUGGAACUACCAGUAUUAUUGUUUGUUUUGGUUUUUUGUAAUUUUUUUCUUAAUUUUUUUUAAUAUUUUGGUGGGUUUAACUGGGUCCAAAUUGUACUUAAAUGUUCGUUAACUGCUUUUGUACUGCGUGUCAUCAUCAACUUAUGCUACAGUGGAAUUAAAUAUAAAGUUUA